UAAAACUCUCCCUCUCCCUUUACUUCUUCUCUCUGUCCGCCAAUCCCUUCGACCUCCACCGUCCAUCGCCACCGUUCGCCGCCGCUCUCCGUCGCGGAGGAGGCAGUCGCGGAGGAGGCAGUCGCGGAGGAGGCAGUCGUGGAGGAGGCAGUCGCGGAGGAGGCAGUCGCGGAGGAGGCAUUCACGGAGAAGGUAGUCCAGAGGAGGCAGUCGCGGUGGCAACCGAGAAGGCCAAGGUGGAGGCAACCGAGAAGAAGAUGAGACCGAAGAAGAUUAUCUAUAUGAUGAUUCUAGAUAUUAUCAUAAUGGUGGCAGUAGGAGCUUGUAAAUGAUAUACAUUUUAAUUGAACAUUGUUUAUUUAUACUAUAAUUAGUCUGUUUAUUAUUACUUUUAUUCCAGUCUGUUUGGGGGAAAAAAUGUGUAUUCUAGUAGUCUGUUUAUUACUUUUAUUCUAA